AUGCGUCGUCUUGCUGAGCAAGAACGUGCCAUCGCUGAGCGUCUCAGGAUGGAGGCUGCUCUAUCUGGUCCAUCUGCCGCCGAUGCUAGACGUCGCGUCCAAGAGCUCAAGCGUGAGGCACUUGCGGCGCGCUCUGAGAAACCCAAGCGAUCCAAUGAUGGCAUGUUCAAGAAGGCCUACGCGACCGAUCUUCUGUUCCUCAUUGACACCACGGGUUCCAUGUACAGCUACAUCAAGGCUGCCAGAGACCAAGUCAAGAGGAUCAUGGACGACAUCACAAAGGCCUUCUUCAAUGAGGCCGAAGUGCGCAUCGCCGUUGUUGGGUACAAGGAUCACGCAGACAAGCCUAACAUCCAAUUCCUAGACUUUACAACAUCCAUCGAUGAUGUAAGGUCGUUCAUCGACAAGUUCAAGGCCUCGGGCGGAGGCGAUGCACCUGAAGAUGUUCUCGGAGGCAUUGACCAAGCCAUCAACGCAACAUGGAAGAACCAGACGCGAUGCAUCAUCCACAUCGCUGAUGCACCAGCCCACGGUCGCAUCUUUCACGACUUUUCCGACUCGGCGGAUGACUACCCCGAGCCUGGGAGUGAGCCGCAUCGUCUCACUUACCAGCCCUUGUUCAAGAAGAUGAUUGACAUGAAUAUCAACUAUGCUUUGCUGCGCAUCAAGAAUGCCACAGAUCGCAUGGCAUUGACGUUUAUGAAGGAGUACGCCGCCAUCUCGUCGGACUGCAAGCUCCUCAUGAGCAACAUGUACUAUGACGGAGGCAUCAAGGCAGGCAUGGCUCUCCGCGGUGCCAGCAGCUCCAAAGGUACCGCCAAAGGCGAUCUAGUCUUUGAGGAAGCAGAGCUGGGCACUUCUUACAGCGCGCUGCGACACCUAGUCGUCAGAAGUGUCACCACUUCGGCCUCUCGCACAGCAGUACGCAUGUCAACGUCGAGUUCUCGAACUGGCGGCAAGGGAGGCACCAAGAACCCCUUGACCACUCAGCUCCAAGCCAUUGAAGAAGAUGAAGACAAGAUUGAGGAAGCCAGUGAAAGUUCACUUGAGAAGGUGCCCCCGCAGUGGGAUACUCCUGGCUGGCUCAAUGAGAAGCUCGUUCUUGAGGGCUUCUCCCCCGAUACUGUGGUACACGGCGCAGACACACUCAACGCCAUGAUGGCGCAUGAUGAUAACAUCAGGCUGAGCAUCAUGGAGCUUACCAUCAACAAGCGGUCGAAGCCAUUUUCCCAGGGUGCCCUUCGUCUCACGGCGUACGCUCGUACGGCUGCCUCGACGAACCGCUAUGUGGUCAAGUCGUUCAAGCGCGACGGCAAGCGUCUUGCGCAUUUGGCAGAGGACAUGAGAUGCCAAGCUCUCUGUAAGGCGUUUGCACUCGAGUUCAACGCAUUGGUUGGUGAUAAGCACGCGAUCGAUUUCAUCGUCACGACGUGUCUCAGGGGCAAGACAACCACUUCUGGCACUGAUUGCAUGUCACUUGAGCCAUACAUCGAGGGCGAGUACGUCAAGUACAACAACAACUGCAGCUACGUCAAUGAUGACAACCCCAAGGAUGAGUUCAACCAGGCCGCGCAGGCCUUUUCGCACUUUACCUUUGAGCGGUCCUGGGGCAGCUUCCUAGUAUGCGAUCUGCAGGGUGUAGGCCACGUCCUCACAGAUCCAGCCAUCCACACGCUCGACCCAGAGCGAUUCAAGCUGGCCGACACAAACCUGGGCAAAGACGGCUUCAAGUUCUUCUUUGCGACGCACGCGUGCAACGAGAUCUGCGAGAAGCUCGAGCUCAAGAGCACAGCAGCGGGUAUCGCAAGCAACAACUGCGAGUUCAGAGAGUUGUGGCCCAGCAUCGACAAUACCGUCUGUUGCACCAACAAACUCUGCGGCAAGAUCGUGCGCGUCUCCAGCGCAAAGAAGUCAGAAGAGUAUCCUGGUUGCCAUUGGUGCGAUGUCUGCUGGCCGCAAUUGAGCACAUCAAAGGUCAAGUGGAUGUGCGUCGCUCCAGGGCCUCACCAUGAAUUUGACGUCUCCAAGUUCUACUACGAGUCUCAGGGACAGAUUCCACCUCGGAAGUGUCCCGAUCAUCGUGAGAGAGACACGACUGUGUCUAGGACAGCUGUCAUGGGUGGAAGCUUCUUUUCCAGGCUGAAGGGUGCCAACAAGCAAAAGAACAUCUCUGGGAAGGCUUGGUGA